GUCCAUCUCACCAUCUGCCAGCACUAUGCCAGCACAGCCGCCACCAGUAAAUGGCAAGGCCCUGCACUACUGGACUCUUCGCAACACACGUGCGCAGCAACUAUGGCCGUGUCUUCUCACAUUACUUUACGAACGAUCUCCUCUGAAUGCAUAUUGGGUCAACGGCUCGGACUCUUCGGGCGGAUGCAUCGCAUACGUCAAGCGCGCUCAAGGCUUUGCAUCGGUGGACUGCAGUUCGGAACUGCCCAUUCUAUGCACCCAAACGGCGGCACCAUUUACCAUCGGUGCUGACGACCCGUCGCCUCCUGCGUCGUCCGUUCCAGAUGCCUACAAGACGAUAGUCUCCUCCGAAGAUCUCACUAUCACUGGGUUCCGCGACGCCCGCACAUUCCGAUUCUUGGGCAUCCCGUACGCUGUGCCUCCUGUCGGCGCUCUUCGCUUCGAGCCCUCUCAAGCAUACAAUGGCUCGAAUAAUGUGUCCGCGCUGACUACCGGUGCCUCCUGCAUGCAGCCCUACUUCGGCAUAGUCGUGCCGGGACCUCGACAGUCCGAAGACUGCCUAUUCUUGAACAUAUUUACGCCAUCACUGCGUGCUGCUGACAUCCCCACGAACAAAGGAGACGACGAAACUAGACCGGUCAUUUUCUGGAUUCAUGGAGGUGCCUACGUAUCCGGAGCUGCCAGCCAUCUUGGCUCCUACGACCGUCUUGGGUCCUUGGGUAGUCUCGCCUCCCCGUUUCUUCUUGUCGGCAACCAGACGCUCUCCGAUCAGAUUCUGGCCCUCGAGUGGGUACAGAAGUACAUCUCUGCGUUCGGCGGAGACCCUACGCGCGUGACCAUCAUGGGCGAGAGCGCGGGUGCUGCCUCUGUCGGUGCGCUUAUUUCCUCGCCCGCGGCGAAGGGCCUGUUCCACGCCGCGACUAUGGAGUCUUUCCCGCUGAACUGCUCGAUCACGGACGAGGCAAAGUAUGUCAGCUGCCUGCGUGCUCUCCCCGAGUCCGCGUUUGCGACGGACGUGAUCGUGUACUUCAGCCCGAACCAAUCGGUCUACAAUGGCCAGCCCCUGUCGGAAGAGGUCUGGCUCCCAAGUAUCAACGCGACCAUGCUUCUGGGCCAGCUGAACGACCUCUUGGAUAACGGGACUUUGCCCAGCCCGGUGCCGAUAAUGAUGGGGACGAUGGAGGACGACGGCACGCUCUUCCUGUACGAUGAUGUGUCGAGCCCGUUUCCCGAGAGCGACUAUGACAACUUGUUGUUCGAGGCAUUCGGAGGAGAUCUCGCCACCACCAUCAUCAACUCGACGCUAUUCCCGCUCAACACCUCUGACCCGGACACUGUCCGUAAUACAGUCUCCUACAUCAUCACGCUCUACACCUUCAAGUGUCCCACGCUACAGAUCGCGCGCAAGCUCCCGAACACGACCUACCUCUUCGAGUUCCGACGCGGGCUCCCGCGUGAGGGCCUCCCCACAGUCUGCACGCCACAGUCGCCGGGGCGCCAGCAAGUCUGCCACGAGGAAGACCUGCCCUACGUCUUCGGCACCCCAAGCUUGCUCGGCCAGGCGUUCAAUACCACCGCAGACCUGGACCUCGCGCAGCUGGUGGAGAGGAGCUGGAAUGCGUUUGCGAGAACGCUGGAUCCGAGCGCGGAUAGCAACGAGUGGCCGGCGUUCAACGCGAGCGCAGAGGCGGCGCAGAUUCUGGCGUGGCCGGCGUCGGUGGAGGUCUCGGGUGGGUUGAGUGAGAUGCAGGAGCAGCAGUGCAAGGUCUUUGACAAGUUCGGCUAUGUUUACCAGCACAUCAAUCCUCUAGAGCAGCAAUUUGCUUGGCCCUGAGGCCGAGGUUCAUGGCUACUCCAGUCACUCAUCGAAUUGUAUCCUAGUGUCAUCCCGCCUAUUGCAGUCUAGUCUCCAAAUUCACCGCCUGCGGUGAUUGACAAUCAGGUAUUCAUACUACUAGUGCUCGUCUCCCCUCCUCAUGCUUGUAUAGCCCUCGUCCCUUCGACCCAGACGCACCAGAAAGCCUAUGUUUCUUCAUCGCAGCCAGUGCUAUUGACCGGACGUCCAGAACGGGAGACUUUCCUGGCCAUUGGAACUGCUCCCUUUCCCCCAGACGCCUAUGUACGUGUCCCACUUGUGCGCGUAUGUCCCGCCAUCGUCCCAGUGCUUCUGCCGCAUCUGGCCGGCUUUCUGGGG